GCUUGACCCUCACUGGAAGUUUGAUUGUGAGAUGGCCUCCAUGAAAACGAGCGACACCUUGGAGUUCCAAGUCUUUGACUACGAUGCUAUCGGGUCUGACGAUCUCCUGGGUACGUUGGAGCUCACUUUCGAUCAGUUCUAUCCAGGUGGGGCAGAUGACACCUUUGAGCUGGUGGACCCUGCGCGAAGAGAUGGUAAGGUGGCAACUAUCAAGCUGAAGGUCUUUCCUGAGCCGAUCCAGUUUCCGAUCCGCGACACUCGCUGCUGGGUUACAGUCCACAGAGCAGAGGGUCUUCGAGCAGCAGAUUGGAGUCUGUUAGGUAAUGGCAAGUCAGAUCCAUAUUGCAUCGUCAGCAUUCCUCACAAAAAGCAUUCCACAUGGAGAACACGCAUCCUGUACAAGGAGCUCAAUCCCAGCUGGGAUGAGGAGGAAGAGAUGAUCAAUUAUGAGCCGGGCGACAACCUCAAGUUCCAGGUCAUGGACUAUGACAAAAAAGAUGAUGACGACCAUCUCGGUCAAGCCCUGCUACAAAGUGGCGACUUCCACCCAGACGGCUUCGAAGGCCUUUCUCCAGCAUUGCGCCUAGUGAAAUCAGCUUGGGUGAAGGCACGCUGCAUGUACGGGUCGACAUCGAGCUGCCUGAGGAGGACGAGGACGUGUACGACCCGGCUCACCAUGUAG